AUGCAACGUACAAUGCCAGUACUUCUUCAUACAUUAUAUCAAGCUUUACUUCAUUAUAUUGGUGGUAACGGUACAACUAACGCUUUUAAACGCAUCAUAUACCACAGAGAUCACUAUCAGUGUCAUCUCAUGGUCUUUGCAAGUAAUUUGGGUAUUGUCAUUGUUGGUGUCUAUUCGACUGUGAAAUGUCGUUUGCACUCUUUGUCGCAAGUUCAAUGCUGCGUGUCGCAUCUACCGUGUCGCAUAAAUCAUGUCGCAUCAGUCAUGUCGGAUGUACCAUGUCGCGUAUCUUGUGUCGCAUCUAUCGUGUCGCAUCAACCAUGUCGCAUCAACCAUGUCGCUGUUACCUACGACAUGUGUACACAUGCGACACAUAUGACAGGCGACAUUUUAAGGUUUAUCCGGUGUAAGACAUUUUUGACAGAAAAAAGUUUGACACUCAAGUAA